AUGACGCAGCGAACUGGUGCAAAUGGCUCACACGCAGCCGCCGCCGCAGCCACCAACGGCGGUGAGACAUCGAGAUUCAAGGUCCAGUCGACCAGCAGCUCCGACCGCGACUCCCAGUCCAACGAGACGACCGACAAGCGGCCCUCGAGCGCGCCCGGCCGCAAGAAUGGCGUCUCUGCCGGCGACACCAGGGAUGACAUUAGCAUCGAGGCUGAGCGACCGACCCGACCGGUGAAGCCAUCACUCCAGCGCUCAAAGAGCGAAUAUGCGCCGCGACAGGCCGAAGAAUCGGACCACGAAGAAGAUGAAAUCCAUGAAUGGGGAGCUAGACAUGGUUUUGAAGACCACUACCAGUCAGAACAUAUCAUUUCUCAGCUUGCGAAUAAUUGGUACAUGUAUUUUACGGAUAAACGGCACGAAACCACUGCCAAGCCCAAGGCGGUGCAGUACGAACUCCAAGAUUGGCGCCAAAGAGAUAGGCUCAAGACAGUAUCUGCAGCCCUUGCUGUAUGCUUAAACAUCGGUGUCGAGCCUCCCGACCAGCUCAAAACCAAUCCGGGCGCAAAGCUAGAGGCCUGGACAGAUCCUACCAUUCCUCCUAUACAGAAGGCGCUCGAGAACAUUGGCAAGUCCCUCCAAGCGCAAUACGAGACUCUUGCAAUUAGAGCCCGUUACAAGCAGUACCUGGACCCCUCAGUUGAAGAGACGAAAAAAUUCUGCAUAUCUCUUCGUCGCAACGCCAAGGACGAGCGCGUGUUGCUGCAUUACAACGGCCACGGUGUGCCAAAACCGACGGCGUCGGGCGAGAUUUGGGUAUUUAACAAGACCUAUACUCAGUAUAUCCCAGUUUCAUUGUACGAUCUGCAGCAAUGGCUUCAGGCCCCCACCAUCUUCGUGUGGGAUUGCUCAGAGGCCGGCAACAUUCUCAACAAUUAUCACCGAUUCGUCGAUAAACAUGACGAGGAGGAGGAGGAAGCCGCACAGCGGGAUCCUCAUUACGUCAAAACAAAUUAUAGACCUUAUAUUCAUUUAGCUGCGUGUGCGGUCAAGGAGAAUCUCCCCACCAAUCCACUGCUCCCUGCCGAUCUGUUCACGUCAUGUCUGACGACCCCGAUCGAAAUGGCACUCUGGUUCUUCGUUCUGCAGAACCCUCUCAAGACCAACAUUAGCCCUGAACGUGCCAAGAAGCUUCCCGGCCGUCUACAAGAGAGGAGGACACCCCUUGGGGAGCUCAACUGGAUCUUUACAGCCAUUACCGACAGCAUUGCAUGGACUACCCUGCCUCGGGAUCUGUUUAGAAAGUUCUUCAGGCAAGAUCUGAUGGUGGCCGCCCUAUUCCGGAACUUUCUGCUGGCGCAGAGGAUCAUGACUGUGUAUGGAUGCCACCCUCAAUCAUACCCCGCCUUGCCAGACACUCACCAGCACCCAUUGUGGGAAACGUGGGAUUUGGCCGUUGACAUGGCCUUGGCACAGCUACCCUUGCUGGAGAGAAAGGAAAACGAGGGUAUCGACUAUGAAUACCAGAAUUCUUCCUUCUUCACUGAGCAGCUGACUGCUUUCGACGUCUACCUCACCAGAGGAGACGCUGUGGCCCAAAAGCCCCCUGAUCAAUUGCCAGUUGUCCUUCAGGUACUCCUGAGCCAGCAGCAUAGGGUGCGAGCCUUGAUAUUGUUGGGAAGAUUCCUUGAUCUGGGGCCAUGGUCGGUUCAGCUGGCUCUCAGCAUUGGCAUCUUCCCGUACGUUCUAAAGUUGUUGCAAUCUGCUGCAACCGAACUAAAGCCCGUGAUGGUUUUCAUCUGGGCAAGACUCAUUGCCGUGGAUAUUUCAUGCCAGCAAGACCUUAUCAAGGACAGCGGUUACAGCUACUUUGCACAGAUUUUGAAACCAUCCGAGGCUUUGCCCGUCGUGAAUGGCGAUGAGCACAAGGCCAUGUGCGCUUUUAUCCUGGCCAUGCUGUGCAAGGGCUACAGAAACGGCCAGAUGGUAUGCAACCAGACGGAAAUCAUGAGCUACUGCCUGGCCCACCUGCAAAACGAGGGCAACCCCCUCUUGCGCCAAUGGGCUUGUCUAUGUAUCAGCCAGCUGUGGCAAGAUUUGCCCGAGGCCAAAUGGCGUGGCAUUCGAGAAAAUGCUUACGCCAAGCUAGCAUUCCUCACCAAGGAUCCAUGCUGUGAAUUUUUGGUUGCGGCCUAUGAGCAGCUCCUUGAGGAGAAGGAGUAUCUGGUGUUCCCCCCACAAGACGAUGGGCAAGAUCACAAAAUGGGCCUGCACUAUGCCAGACCGGAUAACAGGCAGAGGGACGGGACCAUCAAGCCCACUGCUCACGGCCUCUCCCACAAUACGGUUUACAUGGCGUUCUGGAAACAUGCCUUGAUUCUGAGCGUUGACCCCCAUCCAGAGGUGCAGCGGGAAGCUACCACUGUUAUUGACUACGUCCACAAUGCUUUGAUUAACUCUAGCCUCGGCGAGGCUGCCCAUGCCUUGAUGGGAGAGGUCCAGAGAAGGGCAAACAGGGCGUCGCGCAGCAGAAGCACGGCUUCUUUGGGCCAGAGGACUAACGGGGCUCUUAGCCCUCAGCCUUUGCAAUCUCCUGGCCUUCUUAGACGAACAGCUAGUCUCUUAUUCCAGUCCUUCAUCAACAGCGAAGAAAAGUCUCGGCCUACCACCCCCAACAGCCCAGUUCCACCAAAGUCACCUUCAGCAAAGGUAUCUCCCGACCGGGUAUCUGCACCCCCUGAACAGAACGACUACUCUGGGCCCUCGGCAACAUACCACAAUGCGCGGGAGCCGGUUUCUGGCACGUAUGAAGAGCGUGACCUGACCAAGGAGCCAAGCCUGCCGCUUACGAGCAAGUUCCUCGAGUGGUCAAUCGAGUACUUCCGUGAGCCCCAGAUGAAGAACACCGAGGCGGACGAGCCUGGCAGCACCGACUACAACGAGAGAUUGUGGCGGAGAGCCAGGAAUGAAGCUAUUAUGAGAGAAACGCAACCGCUCAAACAUAUUGCGGGCGCUCACAGGUGGAACAAUCAGUUAGGCAUCAUUAACAACGGCGCCCAGCCUGCCAAGAUGACAUUCCACCAGUUUGAAGACCACUUGGCAGUGGCAGACGACGCCAACACGGUUUAUGUUUGGGACUGGAAGAAACAAGGACGCCUGAACAAAUUCUCCAAUGGCAAUCCAGAAGGUUCCAAGAUUAGUGACAUGAAGUUCAUCAAUGAAGACGACCAGGCCAUUUUGAUGACUGGAUCGUCAGAUGGCGUAAUCCGAGUAUAUCGCAAUUACGACUCGGAGCAGGACAUUGAGCUGGCUACGUCUUGGCGGGCACUCACUCACAUGGUUCCCAGCAAUGUCAACUCCGGAAUGGUUUUCGACUGGCAGCAAGCGACGGGGCGCGUCCUCGUUGCCGGCGACGUUCGAGUUAUCCGGGUGUGGUUUGCUGGGCAUGAGACGUGCAUAAUGGACAUUCCUGCCCGAUCUGGCUCAUGUGUUACCUCCCUCACAUCGGACCAGAUGACGGGCAACAUCUUUGUGGCCGGGUUUGGUGACGGCGCCGUCCGCGUCUUCGACACGAGGCUGAAGCCGCAGGAAUCCAUGGUGCGCAAGUGGAAAGACGAGUCGGAUCGCCAAUGGAUCAAGAGUGUACACAUGCAGCGUGGAGGAAAGCGAGAGCUGGUGAGCGCUAGCCGCAAUGGCAAAAUCAAGGUGUGGGAUAUCCGCAUGGACAAGCCUUUGCAUUCCUUCCAGACAACGCGGGACACUCUACGGACGGCAAGCGUGCACGAGCAUCUGCCGGUAUUUUCAGUGGGCACCUCUGCUCAUGUCGUCAAAGUGUUUAACCUGAGCGGCAACGAGCUUUCUCGACUCGAGCCCUACUCAAGCUUCCUGCAGCAGAACCGGGGAUCUCCCAUCUCAGCCACGGCAUUCCACCCGCAUCACCCGAUUCUUGGCUGCGCAGCACGAGGCGAUCACCACAUUAACCUAUUUACGUGCGAGAAGACUGAGCCGCUGCAGCUUACUUAGUGGUCCAGGCCACGGCGCUAGAUUUUGUUUUUUGAAGGGCAGCUUGCUCAUUGGGCAUGUCCUUUUUUAUCGUUUAUGGCUGGAUUAUAAACCAACGGUUGUUUCAAUUUUUUCCCCCGAUGAUAUCAAGCGUUCCGCGGUGGAAGGGAAGACGCCGCCCCUAGGUUCCUCAUGAUUUGAAUAGAUGCAUUGAUACUGUU